AUGUCUGUGAGACGGACAAGAUCGGUAUCCAAGUGGAAAGAAGUCCUAGGCUUCGACGAGGGGUUCUACCCCACAUCCGAAACUCCUCCUCCAUAUCAUCGCUAUGAAUCCCCCGAAUCCAUCUAUGAAUCAGUAGGGUCCAUCAGUCCUACUGUAUCCUACUAUCAUGAGACGCUCGAAGAACUCACUCCCAAAUUCCAAUAUCACGACGCACCAGAAGUCGUAAAUCACAGUUACAAUGAUGCGCCCGAGGUGAUAGAAACUCCUCUCGAUUAUACCUAUUCAGAUGCUCCGGAAGCAGUGAUAGAACCCUCAGAUGCCUUGAAGGCAGUUAUAAAAUCUUCAGAUGCUCCGGAAGCAGUUAUUCGAUCCCCAACUUCGUCUAAUUUUUCACACACCCCCAUAUCAGCGAUAACGUCGAGGUUUAAUACCACUACUCAUUCGACGCAUGCCCCGAGCAAUCCCCCAUCUCAUACCCCCAUCAAUCCUUCUAGUUCCGGAAUCAGGUUCCCACGAGAUUUAACAUUUACGAGGAAUUCAAUAUAUGAUAUUCUUCUCUCGCCAUCAUCAACACAACCAGUGAGCAAUGGCCAUAAACCUGCCUCUUCACCACCACCACUCUUCUACAUAACAAUUCAUCAAUCCACACCACAGAGUGUUCCAGCCCUACCACCUCCCAGUAAUCCUAAUAAACCGGAUAUAGCGCUCCAUUCUACCGCUUCACCCAACUCACCCCUCCUCGCCUUUGCAAGCUUCAACACCGUCACCCUCAUAACAGAUAUAACCACCCUCCCACCACCCACGCGCCCGCUCUCUCCCCUCACACCCCCCUCAUCCUCCUCCCACCCCUCAAAAUCCAUCGUCCCGCCCCCAACGACUUACAACCUUCCUACCUCCGCCAACGAAUCCCUCACCUUCGGCGUGCGAUCCCAUGGGUACAAGACCGAAAAGCUCGUUCCUACGGGUGGAAUCUUCACCGCCGAACGCUACGCCUUCUACCACACUCUUCCGCGCACUUUCGUAAAAGAGAAAUUCGAAUGGCGCCAAGUAUCCUCAUCUUCCUCCGCGCCACACGUCGGGCUGGCGUCCGUACCCGAGGAAAUGACGAGUAAGAAAGGCGGGGUAAAAAUGAAGUUAAUGCGCUGUUCUACGGGCGAGACGAUCGCUGUGUAUGUCGGGGUUGGGAAUGAAGAUUGGGCUGACAAGGAACGAAAAAGGAGGCCGAGAAAGGAGAGGGGAAAAGUGUUGGGCAUGAUGAGGUGGUUGGAGCUCGAGAGCGGAAGUGCGGGGCUGGGAGAUGAGUUUGAGUUGAUGGGGGUCAUGAGUGUAUUGGGGGUCAUGGAAAGAUGGAGGAGGGUCAUGAAUGUUCAGAAACAAUUGGGGAUGUUUACUUCGUGA